CAAGCUGUCCGACGCAGCAAGUAGCCUGUUCGCUGUUCAGCAGACCUAAGGGACAAACUGGAGUUAUGUAUAUUUAAACUGGAAUGGGACCUGGGUGCAAUCAAGCUAAAAAAAAAUGUCGGAUUUAGCUGAAAAACAAGAAGUCCUGAAUUUGACUCAAAGCUAGUCACUGUGCGUUUAUAUCUAAAGCUGGGAAAGGAUGCGGCCUUCUCCCAAAUCCACAAGGAUUGCUGCUGGCUAGCUGAUGUUAGCUAACAUUGGCUAAAUGGUACAGUGACAUGUUUAAAUGCCAAUGUGCUGAGGGGAAGUGGAGAUGCUGAUGCCCUGGCAGCUGAAGCUUGAAGACUCCGUUUGACACCGUCCCUCUGAACAAGGUCCCUCUCCAGCGGCUCCUCAACCUCAGCCAGAGUGGAUGCAGCUGAAGAACAAGCAAAGGAAGAGAAAAAAAGCUGCCGGCUUCUCUCCCUCUCCGUCUGAGGGACUGCCAUGCGCCUGGGACAAUGAGAGGCUGAAAAGAGAGUGAGAGCGAGCGCUGAAAGCAGGAGCCUAGUGUGACAGAGCGAGAGAGGAAGUUGAGGCGCGAAAGAGAAGAGAAGUGAGUGAGAGAGGGAGACCGGGGAGAAACGGGAAACUCCUGCCACUGUGGUUCACUCGGUGCCAGUCAGUUGGACGAGCCAGCGCAGCGGAGCCACACUAUGACCAGUCUCUUCAGGCGCAGCAGCAGCAAUGGGGGCUCUCGGAGCGGCUCGGGCCCGGGCGAGCUCAACAACAGCCGGCCGCCCCGCCAGGUGCGACGGCUGGAGUUCAACCAGGCCAUGGAGGACUUCAAGACCAUGUUCCCCACCAUGGACUACGAGGUGAUCGAGUGCGUCCUGCGCUCCAACAGUGGAGCUGUGGACGCCACCAUCGACCAGCUCUUGCAGAUGAGCAUUGAUGGACAGGGCUCAGAUGACAGUUCCGACUCUGAUGACAGCAUCCCACCAGAGAUUUUAGAGAGGACUCUGGAGCCAGACAGCUCAGAUGAGGAACCGCCUCCUGUCUACUCACCGCCCACUUACGACAUGCACAUCUAUGACCGGAAGUACCCCGGCACCUCAUACACACCCCCACCCAGGUUUGAGGCCAGGCCCCCACCAGGUCACAGACAGGUUCGAAGUUAUCGGAAUUGGAAUCCGCCGCUGCUUGGCAACCUCCCUGAUGACUUCCUGCGAAUACUCCCUCAGCAGAUGGACAGCAUCCAGAGAUCUCAGAAUAGCAGUCUGUCUCAGCCCUCCUCCUCUUCCUCACUCUCAUCCGUGUCCCAGAAUACAGCACCACCUAGUGGUGGGGAGGUUGCAGGGGGACCGUCAUCCGAGCAGGACCGCAAACUGAAGCAGUACUUGGAGGAUGAGCGCAUUGCCCUCUUCCUGCAAAACGAGGAAUUCAUGAGGGAGCUACAGCGCAACCGCGAGUUCCUCAUCGCUCUGGAGAGAGAUCGCUUGAAGUAUGAAUCAAAGAAAUCCAAGUCCAAUCAUUCAUCAGGUAGCAUGGAGAAUUCCACUGCAGGUGAGCAUUUCACCUCCGGCUCUAUGGAAGCUUGCACUGCUGUGUCUGAUGAUGCCAUGUUUCGAGACAAGCUCAAACACAUGGGGAAAUCCACUCGGAAGAAGCUGUUUGAAAUUGCGAGGACCUUCUCUGAGAAGACAAAGAGGAGGAAGUCAAAAAGAAGAACACUACUUAAACACCAUUCACUCGGAACUGCUAACUCUACGGCUAACCUUCUGGAUGAUGUUGAGGGAAGUCCCUACGAAGAAGAUGGUCAGUUAAAAAAAUUGGUCACUCAGGAAGAAGAGGAAUCCCAGAAGGAGACAACGUCAUGAUUUGUGUAAGACAUGUCACAGGAUGGUAACCAUGGCGAACAGGGGAGAACCUGGUCAACUGAUGGCGCGAUCACCCUCUCCCCAACCCAGACCCCACCAGUCCAGGUUUGCCUGUGAGCCGCGAGCAGAAGGAAAGCAGACUCCAUUCUAAGGCAGUCCUCCCACAGGCUUAGAAUUAUUGUUUAACUGCAUAUUACUAUUAUAAUUACUGUAUCAUAACAAUUUGUUAAUAUAUGAUUUUGUAUGUAUAAAAAAGAAAAUUACUCAUGGGUUUUUUCAGAUCAUUAUUUUAUAACUACUCCUGUGAAAUCCCAUUUACAGUGAAAUGAACAUCGGUAGUUAGAUUUUUGUUUCUGUCCUUUUCUGUUUCAUGCGUUGUAACCCUUGCUCAUGUUGGUCUUUCCUUUGUUGGCAAAAAGAAUGGCAUUUAAGAAAAGGUUGAAGAGUUGAAAGCACACAGGUCAGGUCUCUCAUUUAGAAGACAUCCUUGCCAACAGCUGCCGUCUAAAUCCGCAUCUCGGUGUGUAGUAAAUGAUUGGGUAUGAAUUAGUAAGCUAGAGGGCCUCACUCCUGGGUCACUAUUUGGGUACAACACAUUGUUAAUUCAGGAUGUGGGUGUGACAUUGUGUAAGGAUAUAUAAAGAUAUGAUUGCAAAGCUACGCUGUACUUGCCCUUGCAGUUUACCAGAGAUUGAGAAUUUUCUUUUGAUUUCCUCUGCCCAAAGUUCAAUGUUCUGCCAGUCUAAAUCUUGAACUCAUUUGUUAUACACUGUUACCAUAUUAAGCAUUUUUACUGGGGAUACACCAUGUUACAAUUUCAUCCCUUAAAACGAGUCACCAGUAUGCCUUUUCAACCAGUUUACCUGUUGUUAAUGCAUUGAACUACUGGACAUCUACAUUUCGUAAAGAACUCUAAUAUCUUCUGAUGUCUCAGCACUGGCGAGGAUUGUUUUAUUUGGGAUAGCCCAGGUGUGUAACCAGGACUGCUGGUCUUCUGCGGGCAUUGUUGAAGGGACGGACAGUCCAGUACCACUGAUAAAGGCCAGAAAACAGGCUGCUUAUAAACAGUACAUGUGCAGAAGAUCAGUUUACAUUGUACACGUUUUGUCUCUCAGUCUUAACAGCCAGUCCUAAACUCUGGGCCUCCUAGUGUUGCCUGAGAGAUUUGAACCAAAACAAAUCUCCUGCUUUGAACCACAGGGCACACAUAGCUGAUUUUAAAAACCACAUGUGCUGAAGCGUUCUUUUCUCGGUGGCUUCGCUGCAUUUCAAGUUUUCUGCCAGUAAACCUUUGUAAGAUAGGUGAGUAGGAGUAGAAUUCAACCGUGCACUGCCAUAUCUGUUAUAAACAUUUCUAUCAAGUUCCCUUCAGACAAGAAUUCAUCCUGAUACAAGAAAAUGUAGUAUUUAUGAUGUAAGGCUGUUUAUUCAAAGUAACAGAUUUGAAAUUCACCAAUAAAAUGUAUCAGAUA